AUGAUAGAAGGUGGCAUAACGUCCAGGAUGGCAGGAAUAACCGAGGAUGCCGGCCAUCAUCCGUCUCCGCAAGAUUAUGGACUUCUGACCACGGACCCCUCCCAGUUAAGGGAGGAGGACCUCCCCGGGGACCUGCAGUCUCUGUCAUGGCUCACUUCGGUGGACGUGCCCCGACUGCAGCAGAUGGUGGAUGGCCGCGGCGGCCACGGUAAUGGGCCCGCCCAGGGGGGCUUGUUGGAGCAGCACACAGCCCAAUUGAGCAGCAUGGCCAUGACGGGUCAGUCGUCCAUGGUCCACCUGCAAAGCAACAUGCAGCACAGCACCUUGGGAAUCAGCAUCAUCAACACCCACAAUGCAACAAUGUCUCCUUUCUCCGUGAACGGAAUGCCCUCACCGGGGUACCAGUGCCCUACCUCAGUGUACCAGUCAGCGCCACAGCAGGUGUACUCGCUGACCCAAACUGGACAACAGUGCUCGUCUGGCGGGCUGUACGGCAAUGUCUCUUUCAACAACCAAAGUCUAUUUUCACAACCUCGCCUGGCACCCCAAGAACAGGACCUGCAGCAGCCUAAAUGUUUCCCCAAGCCCAUCUACUCCUACAGCUGUUUGAUUGCCAUGGCUCUGAAGAACAGCAAAACCGGCAGCCUACCAGUCAGCGAGAUCUAUAGCUUUAUGAAGGAGCACUUUCCUUAUUUCAAGACGGCCCCAGACGGAUGGAAGAAUUCGGUCAGGCACAACCUGUCUUUAAAUAAAUGCUUCGAGAAAGUGGAGAACAAGACGAGCAGCUCAUCCCGGAAGGGUUGCCUGUGGGCGCUGAACCCAGCCAAAAUUGACAAGAUGGAGGAAGAGAUGCAGAAGUGGAAACGCAAGGAUCUCCCGGCCAUCCGACGCAGCAUGGCUAAUCCAGAUGAGCUGGACAAAUUGAUAACAGAUCGCCCAGAGAACUGCCGGCGGAAGGCAAUAGAACCGAUCAUGACGCGGCUGCCGAGCUGCCCGACGGGCCUCCCGCUGACGGCACAAUUGCAGCAGGCUCAGCCCAUCGUGACCCUCUCCCUGCCGUGUUUACCGAUGCACCAGCACCAUCAGAUCCAAGCGCAACUCCAGGCCCAAGCCCGCUUGGCGCCCAUGUCCCCGGCCCCGGCCCAAACGCCUCCCCUCCACGCCGUGCCCGACCUCUCCCACAGUCCGCUAACGCAGCAAUCCGGCAAACCUCCAGACGACUUCUACAGCGUACACGUCGAUAGCCACACAGAGGUGGACGCACUGGACCCCAGCAUCAUGGAUUUUGCCCUUCAAGGUAACCUGUGGGAAGAAAUGAAGGAUGACAGCUUUAACCUGGACGCUUUGGGCACCUUCAGAAACUCCCCCCUGCGACUAUCGGACUGCGAUCUGGGGAGCAGCCUGCCUCCCGCCUCCGGCGGAGCAAACCUGCCGCUGUCCGACGUACAAGUGACGGGUCUGUACACUUCGUACACCUCGCAGGAUCCCCUCUCCUCCCAGUACAUGGGCUCACCGGCCAGCAGCAAGCCCAUCGUCCUGCUUUAAAGCAGCACUAACCCUUCAACCGCUGUUUUUCUAAGGAUAUACGACGGGAUACCGACUGGAGAGUAUUCUUUUGUACAAAUCACCCGGGAACUAUCAAAACGGCGACGUUCUUGUAAAACCCACGAGAAAACUCUUCCCGAACAAAUACAAAAGAAGCCGAAGCAAAGACUUUGCAAGACCAGGUUUUGCCAAGCGAAGCCUCUCAGAUGCCUGCGCGAGUACAAACGGAACUUUUGCGGAGGAAAUUGGACAUCUUUUUUCUACUGCUCACACUGUGUUUAAAAACCCUUCUAUACCGUAGUUCCGUCUGUGUGUACUGUGAUAGACGUUAUUGCUGUGUUGUUUUAUUUAUAUUUAUGAAAGAAAAAAAAAGGCAGCCGAGGACGUCGACCGCUCGUCGACUCCCUUUCGUUGCGUAUAUUUGAAUGUCCAAAUAGCUACGACCACAGAAAAGCUUUCUUUCGACCGUCCUUACUUACUCAAGUUCAUUACAAAAUGCCGACAUGUGCCGUCACUUUGUAGUUCCGACUUUACGACUUUCGUAUGUGAUUAAC